CGGUCCGUUGACCAGAGCAGCAGGAUGGCCGACCAGAGUAGGCAAAUAAAACUCGCUGCAGCUAAGAAAAAGCUGAAGGAGUUUCAGCAGAAGAGCUCCCCUUCUUCUGUAGGCGGAGAAAGGGGAGGUGGAGGAGGAGGAGGAGGUGGUGGAGGAGCAGGGGCCAAGAAGAAGAGAAAGGUGAAGGGACUGAGCCAGCUUGACACACCUUCACCAGACAGAAACUCUCCAGAUAAUACCUUCACUGACGUGGACGCUGUGGGUUCUUCAGUUCCACAGCUGCUGGAGGAGCCGAACAGCGAGCCUGUGUCUAACCCCGCUAGCGCUAACACUGCUACUAACCCUGAGUCUGUCGGUCACAACGCUGACCUGCAGGACUACCCUGACACCAAUGGCAAUGAAAGUUCAAUAGAGGAGAAUAGACCGCUGUCUUCCACAGAGAGCCUGCGACAGCUCUCACAGCAACUGAACGGCCUGGUCUCUGAGUCAUCUGCUGCAUAUGUGAAUGGAGACAGCGCACCUACUGUCAGUGAGAGAGAGCUGGAGAGUCGGAACCAGGAGCUGGCAGCCGCCCUGGAAUCCAGCAACCUAACAAACUCUCAGCUCAAUACCAAGCUAGACCAGCUGGCACAGCAAUCUCAGGAGCUCACAGAACAGCUACAAAAGGAACGAAAAGAAUUUGAACAGAGAUUUUCAAAAGAGCAGGGAGCCAUGCGGGAGCAAUUACAGGUUCAUAUCCAGACCAUUGGUAUUCUCGUGUCAGAGAAAUCAGAGCUACAAACAGCACUACAGUACACACAACAGGCUGCACGGCAGAAAACAGGUGAGGCAGAGGAGCUAAAUAACCGUCUACAGGCAACAAAGCAGAGAGUGUCAGAGCUGGAGCGAACUCUGUCCUCAGUCUCAACACAGCAGAAACAGUUUGACAAGCACAACAAAGACCUGGAAAAGGAAAGAGACAAUCUGAGACUAGAAGUGUUUAGACUAAACAAUUUGAGCGAGGAAUCGAAGCAGCAGAGCUCGGAGCUGUCCGAGCAGUUAAAAUUGAGUACACAGGACAACGGCGCAAUGAGACUGGAGGUGGAAGAUCUUCGCAAGAGGCUGGAGAUCGCUGACCUCAUGUUACAACAGUGCUCCAAUCAGUCAGAUCCCACCAGUGCCAACCAGCAGGUCCAGUUACUGCUAGAAGAUAAGCAGCAGCUGGAGGCACACCAUCACCAGCUCAUGGAGUCUAUCGGCCAGCUGAAGACGGAGAGAGACUGUUACGCGCAGCAGAUCCAGGAGGAGGGCCGCGUAUGGAAGGACAAAACAGAACAGCUGCUAACCCAGGUUUCUUUAGUGGCAGAGGAGAGGGACAGAAAUAUUAACCGAGUUCAAGAACUGGAAGCCAGCAUCGCCGAGCUAAAAAAUGCUGCAGCGCUAUUGUCCCAGGAGAGAGAAGCUCAGAGUGGCGCAGAGCCUCAGUCGUCGGGGCCGUCAGAAAGCGAGGUGGCUCUGCAGGAGGCCCUCAACAGCCUACAGCAGGAGAAAGAUGCUAUUACUGCGCAGUACCAGGCGCAGCUGCGAGAUAAUGAGCAGCUGAGCCGCCUGUGCGCAGAGCAGGAGACACGUCUGGGGGAUUUGGAGCGGCAGGUGGAGAACCAAACCCAGGAGGCGGAGGACCGCCGGCGCAUGCUGGAGGAUGUUCAAUCAGACAAGGCCACGAUUAGCCGCGCUCUCACCCAGAACCGUACACUGAAGGACCAGCUGGCUGAGCUACAGAACGGUUUUGUCAAACUGACUAAUGAGAACAUGGAGUUGACUACUGCCAUCCAAUCAGAGCAACAUGUGAAAAAAGAACUGGCUCGCAGAAUGGGUGAACUGCAAGAGGAGCUGCACAACAUGAAAGAGCAGCUGGAGCUGAAGUGUAAUGAGACUCAGGGUCUGGUGGAGCAGAGGGAUCAGGUGGUGGCCCACCUGCAGCAGUACUGCGCUGGCUACCAGACCCUGGCCUCAGAGAGGGAACAGCUCCACCAACAGUAUCUACAGCAGAGCCAGCUGAUGGAUCGACUGCAGCACGAUGAAAGUCACGGCCGCGUGCAGCUGGAGAUCAGUCACAAUCAGCUCAAACAAGCCCAGGAGCACUUAGAAAAGUUAGUCAAAGACAACGAGCACCUGAAGGCUGAGGUGAAGGAGUUGCUCAGCAGCUCAGCUCUCGUGACAUCAACCAGAGACCAGGGAGAUGGAGUUGAAAGCCAGUCAAUGGAAGAGAGUCCAAAGCAGUCCUCCUCCAUAGUUAUCCCAGAGGACUUUGAGAGCCAGAAAGAAAUGGAGGAAUUUAUCCGUGGAGCUUUGGCUCAGGUAGAAGCUGAGAGGGACGAGGUCAGAAGGCAACUGGAAGAGGAGCACAGGCUCCACAUGGCAGCCCGGCACCAGGCCGCUGUGGCUCUCAGUCUUGAGCAGCAACACAACAUCCACAAAGCUGUUCAUGUUCAUGAUCAUGAUCAUGAACAUCAUGACCAUGACCAUGACCAUGACCAUGAUCACAGCCAGGACCAUCACAGUCACUGUGAACACAGUCAUGAGCAUUCAGGAGGAGUACCAGUGGAAGUUCAUCAGGCUCUGCAAGCUGCAAUGGAGAAGCUCCAACAGCGUUUCACCUCCCUCAUGCAAGAGAAGGCUGACCUAAAGGAGAGAGUGGAGGAACUGGAGCACCGCUGCAUCCAGUUGUCUGGAGAGACCGACACUAUAGGGGAGUACAUAGCCCUCUACCAGAGCCAGCGGGCAAUCAUGAAGCAAAAACACCAAGAGAAAGAGCAAUACAUCAGCAUGCUGGCCCAGGACAAGGAGGAAAUGAAGGCAAAGCUGGCAGAGCUGCAGGAUCUUGUGAUGAGGCUGGUGGCUGAAAGGAACGACUGGUACAACCGCUACACUGGAGCUGUUGCCAACAUGGGCACAGUAAACCCUGACCUGCUUCCUGUUGGGGAGGAUCACACUCACCCCGAGCACCAAGCACACACACAGGCAGAGCUUAACGCUGUCGGUGGAGCAGAAGCCAUGGAGGUCAUCCCUCUGUCAGAGCCCGCCCCGGGUCUGGAAGCCGCUCCCUCCCAGGCGCUAUCGACCGGGCCCGUUCAGACUGACUCCAAACCGCUGGCGCCCACAGAGGACGGCACGGCCCAGCAGAUCAUGCAGCUGCUCCACGAGAUCCAGAACCCCCAGGGAGCUUUAAGAUCACCCCCCUUCCUCGGGGAGAACCCCUGCAUCCCCUUCUUUUACCGGCCCGACGAACAGGACGAGGUCAAGAUCCUGGUGGUGUGAGGUCUGGGUGCGACAGAGGCUUGAUGUGUGUGUGUGCGGGUGUAUGUUAGAGAUAUUGGACACGUCUUGAAGUCUGGGGACUAUUAAACUCCACAGCUUAUUGGUCGUCUUCUCAAACACAAAUUCGACUCCUUGACAACGUCUUUGCGAUGAAACGCCCCCUCCCCCCUCUUUGUUCCGUGUGCUGGCACUACUGUGUGCACGGUUCAACUGAAAGAGGAGUUUUCUAUUUGUCGUUUUUCUGUUUUUUUGUUUCUGUUUGUCUACGAUGCUCUUCCCCGAGAGGAGAUAAUCAGUGUUCCUCGAUGCAAUUCGAUUAUCCUCCUCGCCGCAAUUUUUGAGCACCCAUCUCACACAUAUGUGCAAUAAAGGGGUCGUAUAUUGUGUCCCCUCGCUGAUACAGUACCUAGCUGUCAGAAGUUAGCAGCUUGUUUGUGUGCGACUUUAUUCAAAAGUGCAAAUCUCAGUUUUGAGCCACUGUACACAUGCCAAAAAGAGCAUCACGUUUUUUGGUUUUUCUUUUGAAUGUAAUAACCCGAAUAUUUACCUGUAUGUGUGUAAUGUGAAGAGAAAGCGAGGAGCAGAAUGAAGAGUGAGACAAAAGGUUAAAGUCAAGUCAGUCAAGGAGCUUUGUGCACAUAAUAGCUUUUAAACUGUAGGUGCUCUUGUGUUUUGAAGUCAAGAGCUGGCCGAGUUACACAAUUAAAGUUCAGGAAGACGGAGGCAGAUGUUGCCGAUUGGUACUGUUCCUCAAAAGAUUUCUCCUCCAAACACUGAAAGUAUGUUUGUUGAUCAUUUUUGUGUCACGAUGUCGUCGAACAGCUCGAGAGAAGUCACCGCCGCUGUGAACGGGUGGUUCAGAGUAACUUUUAGGGUAUAGAUGCAAUUUAAAGACCCUGUGAAGUUUUAAGAAAAAAAACACUUUAAGUCGAAGCUAUGAAGGCAUUACGGGCAUCUUCUCCAGACUUCAGAUUAACAACAACGCUUGGGCUGCUUUCCAUAGUAUUGUUUCUACAGGUAAAGGUACAGGUGUCGGAGAAGUUACAGGUAGUUUGGACUCGAUGUUUGUUCAACUUUUGUUGUGUGGGGUCUUUUAAGUUUCUCUACAAAUCGACACUAUCAAUGAGAGCCAGUUCUUUUCUGUUACAUUUACUCGUAGUUCUACAUAUCAAAGAUGAAUCAAUGCACAUCGAUAACAACUGGACUGUGUGUGUGCGUGUGUGAAUGAAUCCAAACAGUUUCUUCUUCAGCCAAAAUUGCAUCUGUUGUACUUUAUGUAGAGUUCUAUCAGAUUAUAUAAGUAUGAUUGCACUAAAACUGUACAAAGCUUCUCGUUUUAGCUCUCCGGCUGCUUGGACAGCGAUGUUUCUACCAUAGAGGCUCUUUUUUUUUUUCGGAGAGGGGAGCGAUGGGGCGGGCGGGAUCCUAUGAAGCCUCGACGCUUAAGCUGAGGAUUCCACUGAGUUUAAUUGGUGCAUGUUGGUGCACUGGAUUGUGGGGUGUAAAUAUGGAUAGAAAUUAAUGCUCGCUUCAAGAAAUUGUUUCCAAAGGUGAGGGACCAAUCAGACUUUGGGAAAAACUCUCUUCAGAUAAACAAAUCACAUUUGUCGUGUUGGUAUUCUGUAGUCGUCGCAUUGGCUCGAGGAAAUCUCUUUUGGGGCAUUAAAACUAAGAUUUAAGGGAGUGAGAUCAGAUGUCCAGCUUUAAGAGAGAUGUUUGAUUAGGGGGUUGAUUAAAUUUUUUUUUUCAGUGUAGAAUUAUUUCCCUUUAUGACUAAUACCAGAGACUUCACAGCAUCUUGGGUUUUUUUUGGUUCAACUUCUGAUUAAAUCUUCUUGUUUUGUGAGUCUUUCCAUGAUUUUAAUAUGCAACCAUAUGAGAGUCUCACUAUAAAAUAAAAUAAAAAAAACAAACCAAUACAAAAAAAAAAAGUCCAGACUAUGUUUGCAGGUAUUUCUACCUUUUUAUUUGGAAGUCUCUGAGUUUUUUUUUUUGAGAUUCUUUCUGUUAUUUUUGACGUAGAGGACACAUGUAAUAAAUUAUUAAAUCGCACACUUGAUAUUUAUCACUAAAGGCAAACGGGACUGAAAGCAGUCGUGCAAAGCUCGGCAUUUUAAGCGUAUUACACGAAGCGAAAUGUAAUUAAAGUGUAACGUACGUGGUUGCCAUACGUACUGGGUGUUGUUUACGAGGAAGGUAAACGGCGCCGACCUUAAACCACAGCACUUUGGUAGAAACAGGUGGUUUGUUUUUUUUCUUUCUUUCUCUCUCAAUUUUAAAAUUCCUCGCUUCUUAGCAUUCUGUCACGUUUUGGUUUCCUUUGAAGAUGCCACAGAUUUUUUUUUUAUUUUCCUUUUUGCUGUUGGGAGUGGUCAGACCAAGAAUAUACAUGAAAACCCCUUUUUUUUUUUUGUUUCUUGUGUCGCUUGUAAGAUAACAGAUAAAACCAUGUGGAUAAAAUGACUUCCCACGCUUUCUAAUUCACUGUUAAAUAUGUUAGGCGUGAUCGAAACGAACGGCAAUGAGAAAGCAUUUCUUUGUCUUUUCUGUAAAAGAGGUGGUGUACAUACUGUAACUGUGUAACAUACUGUAUAUUCUUUAUGCCUGGUGUGUGGGGGAGAAGCUGCGCCGAUCGUGUGUCUGUCCGUUAGAGCAGAGUCGGGGCGUCAGCAGUUACUGACUGGCUGUGAUUUAAUACAAAGAUUGACUUAAAAAAAAAAAAAAACAAGAGAGAGAGAAAAUAUUCUAUUUAUUUGGAUUAAGUUAGUAUCUCGACUAAUCAGUUUUAAUGUAAACUAGAAGUGACUGUAGGCUGGAAAUGAAGGAUCAUCCAGAGAACUGAUUUGUUGGAGUGCUGCUUCUGACAGAAGCUUUUCUGAUUUUUUUUUCUUUUUUUUUUGAAUAAUAUUUUCUCCCGUUCUCCUGAAUAAAACUGAUUGAGCAACUUAAA